GAUAUACGAUGCGAAGAUUUCUCGAGGUAUUCUCAAAGACCGCAUGGGCUUUACUCGGCUGGCGCCGUUGGCCUGCCCUACAUGCGUCCUUUACCUCAAUGCCGCACAUUUAAUUCUUCCGCUGUGGAGAGGGUAAUAGAUGACAUGAACGUUCGUCUCAAGGACCCGGAUCUUGCUAGACUUUUCGAGAAUACCUUUCCUAACACUCUGGAUACCACAGUGAAAUAUUUCAACGAGACUGAGAAUUUAGCUUUUAUCAUCACCGGGGACAUUACGGCUCAAUGGCUUCGCGACACAGCAAAUCAAUUCUCACACUAUAAAUCAAUCCUUGCUCAUGAUGCAUCACUUUCUGCACUUGUCCGAGCAGUCAUCAAUAACGAAGCAAGAUACAUUAGCAAAUAUCCUUAUUGCGGUGCAUUCCAACCUCCCCCCCAAAGUGGACUCAAGCCCAGUCACAAUGAUUGGGCCGAUAACGUUUAUGUCUAUCCCCCUGUGGAUAGUGACACAGUUUUUGAAUGCAAGUACGAGCUCGACUCACUCUGUGGUUUUUUGAAAUUGUCCAGCUCCUAUUAUGAAGGGACCAAGGACUCGUCUUUUGCAAACAGAAACUGGUUCAACGCUAUCGAACAGAUAUUCAGAGUUAUUUAUGAGCAAUCUCAACCUACGUUUGAUGAGGACUUCAACAUCUUGCGGUACUACAGUUGGACAGGUCUACCAGGUUCUUUACCUGGACACGUGAAUAACGGUGGGCUUGGGGAGCCGAAGGGGUAUACUGGAAUGGUUGGAACGCAUCAUAGGCCUAGCGAUGAUCUCAGUUCGCUCCCCUUCCUAAUCCCAGCAAACGCCAUGCUUUCUGUCGAACUGUCCAAACUUUCUUCCGUGCUCAAUUCCCUUAUCCCGGCACUCAAAGGCCCAAAUCUCGUUCACCUCGCAAAGAAAUAUGCCUCAGAUGCAGAAAUCUACAGCAAUCGUACUAGAAAAGCAAUUUAUCGAUAUGGUGUUACAGAAGAUGGGGUUUUUGCGUACGAAGUCAAUGGAUUGGGGAGCAGGUAUCUAAUGGACGACGCGAAUGUGCCUAGUCUACUUAGUUUGCCAUAUCUUGGAUUCGUUGAUAAGCAUGAGAAGACGUUCCAGAAGACGAAGGAGAUGCUAUUCUCUCGCCGUAACCCGUACUAUACCAGGGGCACUUCGUUCUAUGGCAUCGGCGGUCCACAUGUUUCUGCAACAUCCCCUUGGCCCAUGGCUCUUAUAUCGGCUAUCUACGCAUCCGAUUCCCCAACAGAGGUCUCGUCAUUGCUUACGGUGCUGAUAAAUAGUACCUCGGGGUUGGGGCUCAUUCAUGAAAGUGUGAACAUUCAUGAGGGCUGGUAUACGAGACCUUGGUUUGCUUGGGCGAAUUCUUACUUCGCAGAGAUGUUGCUCGACUUGGCGAGGAGAAUGCCGGAGGUCGUGAUGAAGGAUGGGAAACCCUAUAUGCCUUAGCGAUAGUUAAGGGGUGUAAGAAUUUUGAUGAGUGGGACGUAGGAUACGUGCACGCAUCUCUGUACAACGUGUAUCAAUAUUCCAGGAGAGUUGUAGGGGGAAGGGGCGUCAGGAGGAAAUGACGACGAUGGUGAUGGGUGAUGACUGGAGCUUCCACCAGUACAUACAGGAAAUGUCCCCUUUUCCUCUU